AUACUGAAAUUUCUCCGGAACUUGUCAAAAUCCCUAACCUACACUACUUGUCAAAUGUUGGCUUCUUCUGUUCAUGAGUCCGGCGUUGAAAGUCGUCUCCUCUCCGGCAUCUCAAAUUUCUCUUCUCCAACGUCUCCUCUCCGGUGCUCAAAAUCUCAGCAAGCUCUCCAGAACUCGUCUUCGAAUCGUUAGUGCAUCGAACUGUUUGUCUUCAUAAUUUAAUUGACGACGUUCGACGGGAACUCGUCUUCUCUCUGGCAUCUCUCCUAUCCUGUGUUCGUCUUUGACUUUUUAUGAUUUUCCAUUUUUCAAUUUAUACUAGAGUUAUUUCGUUAUUGUCAAUAGAAGUUAUUUUGCUUGAGCUGUGUUGCUUCUCCUCCCCUGGAUUGAAAAAUAAGUAUAAUGAAAACAACUGGAGUGUUUACAUCUCAAACUUCCUCAAAUUAGUUGAUAAAAAACCUUUUUUUUUUCCGCUAGAGUGGUGUUGCUUCUCCUGUUGUAAUUCCUCAUUGUGUUUUUGCUUGGAAGGGAAUGGUUUGUGGCUGCUGGGUUGGCUUCUCCCAGCCUUGAGUUUUUCAGUGUCUAUAACAUUCUUUUUGUAGUGUGUUUGUUUUUGUAAGUUGCCUUUCUCUGUAUUUUUUUUGGCUUAGUGUUCCAUUUAUAGUGGCUUAUUUGAUGGACAAGAUAUUGCAGGUGAAUUUUGUCUAUAGCUUUUUGUUUUCCUUCCCAUUGUUAUUAACAACAGAAUCUUUGAUUUGAAUCCUAUGUGAUCAUAAUGUUUAAUUAUACGUGAUUGUCUUAAGUUUACUUGACUUGGGUAAUAUCAUUUCACUGGUUUGUGGCUUAAUCUGUGCGUAUACAUGAACCUCAAGUGCCAGUUUUUAAUGUCUCAUUCAUUUUAGGCUAGUGUUAGAGAAUGUUUGUCGAGUUCAUUGGAGGACGACCUUAUUCCAUCACUGUCUAUUGCUAGGAGUAAUAGGCUGGAGCUACUGUCAAAGCAAAUCUCUAAGAAAUAUUACAUUGAUUAUGUUAAAAUGGUGUAAUGGCUUAUAAAUGCAGAAGGCACAUGACUUACAAGCCUGCCAAUCGCAUCUAACCUUUGUGUAGGUUGGCAUUGUUCAUGCUAUCAAUAAGCUUCAUAGUGAUCUACCGGGUUUGAACUUAGCUGUAUCCCUUCAUGCACCAGUUGAAGAGUUUGUUGCCAGAUAAUGCCUGCAGCUCAAGCUUUUCCUCUGGAAAAACUUAUGAAUGCACUUCAUGUAUGACAAAAGAAUAGUCAGCAAAAAAUAUUUAUUGAGUACAUCAUGCUGGAUAAGGGGAAUGAUGAAGUGCCACAUGCUCACCAGCUUGGUGAACUGCUAGAGACAUCUCAAGUGGUAACAAUUGAUGUUGCAAGUCCAGAAGCAGUUGUGAUUAAAGAGCUUGUAGCCAAAGGAGAAACUGUGGAACCAGGUUUCAAAAUUGCUAUCAUUUCAAAGUCUGGUGAAGGUGUAGCUCAUGUUGCUCCCUUGGAGAAAAUACCAGAGUGGGCUACUCGUAAGCCAUCUCUUGCUGAAAAGAUAAAGAGGAGAAGUCGGAACCGAGCGGUUCCUCAAAAAUGGAACCAGAACCUACCCAGGGUAGGCCAGUUCUGGGUAAGAACUAGAACCGAAGGGUGGGUACCCAUCGGUUCUGGUUCUGGAUCGAUUUUUUUGCUCACCCCUACUUAUAUCUAUUUCUUAAAUACUGACCAUUGUAUUCCCUUUUAUGAGUUUAUCUACUUUUCAAGAAUCAGGGAUAAAAUGUUCAAUUUCUUGUGAAUUCAACUGAAAUGCGUAUGGAAGGGGUAGAAACAUGUAAAAUAAUAUAUAAAUUUAAUAAAAUAUUAUAUGCAUCGA